GUGUUGUCAACUUGUCAGUUGUCAAUUGUCAUCUUUAUUUGACGUUUGUGGUUGUCAUCACAUCUUGUCACGUCCUCCGAUUUCUUUUUUACAAGGAAAUAAAAUAAAUGCACUGAUUUUUUAAUGAAUAAAAUCCUGGUGCUAAUACAACAUGUCUAAAGUUACCUUCAAGAUUACUCUGACUUCAGACCCAAAACUCCCCUUUAAAGUGCUGAGCGUGCCGGAGGCGACGCCGUUCACCGCGGUGCUGAAGUUCGCGGCGGAGGAGUUCCGCGUGGAGCCGGCCACCAGCGCCAUCAUCACCGACGACGGCAUCGGCAUCAACCCGCAGCAGACCGCAGGGAACAUCUUCCUGAAGCAUGGCUCCGAGUUACGGCUGAUACCCAGGGACAGAGUGGGCGGUAUAGCACCCACACGUCGAUAGACAGAUUGACAUUCCUCUCAAAUUUAUGUAUACAUUAUAUGUAGUGUGGAACUGAAUACAAACAUUUUAGCUCAAGAAUUAAGUUCGUAAUAGAUAGGUUCCCUUCAUGGACCUCCAUUAAUAUUUUAUUUUCUUAGUUCCAUAAGGUGCUGAUAGACUUGAGCAUACACUACUAUACACAGUUUUUAAAUUAUAUUGAUUUAACGAUUUUUUUUAAUGUACUUUUAACCGGCACAUUAAAAAAAUUACUAGGCAAAGUUGUACACAUAGCUUAAAAACAUAUUCAUUUAAUAAGGAUUCCAAAGAUGGAAGACAUUAGCCGUUUUUAUAUUUGUCGAACUGAACAAGGAGCCCAUUCAAGCAUAGAACUAAAUAUUUCUACGAACAUCUUGAGAAUUCUGGCGAACGCUCUAUUAGAUGCUCAUCAAACAUAUUCCUUACCAGUAUCAAUUAAUAUAUAAGUAAGCUCCAAGCGAAUCUGCUCGCUAAAAUGCUCGCCAGAACGCUCGAUACAAUGCUCGCUAAAAUGUUCUCAUAAUUUUUCUGUGAUGUAACAUUCGCACGAAAAGCUCAUUACAAGUGAAUGCUCAAGUCUAUCAGGACUUAUAGGUGUAAGACUCAACACCCAAAGGUUAUAGGUUCGAUUGUGUCGUUGAUACAUGCAGGCAGCUGUUAAGCAAGGUUUAGACGAAGCUAAUAACACUGGCGCUAGUCUUUAGACAAGCCAGCACUGGACUCACACCUGUUGUUUAGAUGAGCCCUUGCAUUCUGAAAAGUUACCUACAACAAUGUGACUUCGUUGUUAGUGACAUUUUAUUUUUAACAUCAUCAUCUCAUAGAAAUAAAGUUUAUUAAAUAAAACCUGUUAUAGGCGAAAUUACAUCGACGAGUAUAAAUAGUGGAAUCACACCCAGUUUACAAUCACUUUUGAAACGUCAAGUUUGACUAUUUCUAAAGACUAUACCACCGACUCGAAAGGCAGGUUCUGCAGAGAAGUCAGCAAGGAACUCAACAAUUGCUCUUUUAAGUAAUCAUACAUCAAUCAGUGCUGGCUUGUCUUGAAAAACUGAAUAUACGAGCGCUGGCUGCCAGUACUGGCUUCGUCUAUAGCUAGCAUUAUAUAUAUCUUGAACUUUAUGUAUAUCUUGAACUUUUCUUUAUAAAAUAUAGUUACAAUGCUAGACCUUAUUUCGAACAGACUUCCCGCUUCCAUCUUAGAUUGCAUCAUCACUUACCAUCAGGUGAGAUUGUAGUCAAGGGCUAACAUUUAAAGAAUAAAAUAAAACAGUAAUUAUGUUAAAAUAAUUUGUAUUCAGUACUACUUUAUGCUUGUUAUUGUCUAAGAAUUAUUUUAUACUCAAAAUGGUAACUUAUAUCUUUCUAGAUGAGUUACUAUUGAGGUCUUAUUUAUAAAAUAAAUUAUCAGAACUGCCGGGAGCAUUAAGGACUUGAUAUCAUCGAUCUCUUAAUAAAAAGUGGAUGCACAAUCAGCGACCAAAAACCUUUCCCACUUAAUGAGUGCCAAACACAACUUCUUGGCACUCAAUUCAAGUAGUCGCAUUUGCAAAUUCAACCUUAAACUCAAUCAUUAAGGUUGAAUUUGGUCUGACUUUGGGAUUUAAUUGACUAUUGAACUAUAUUUAAAGGCCUUUAGGUAUAACUUUCUUUACCAAUAAUUCUAAAACUGUCAAAGCAAAAAACUUAAAGUGAAAGGACAUGGCCGAUUUUUGUAUGAGUUACUAAUUUCAAUUUACACAAAUGAUAUUUGGUAUUUUAUGAUGCUAAAAAUUGGUAUAUUAAAUUACUAUAAAUAUUAAACUCGCAGAAGUUGUCAUUACAACAGACUAGACUUAAACAUGUCAUGUUUAUUUCGCGCGAAACGUCCGCUCCUAUGUACUACGUUGCAUUGCAAAAUGGUGAACCGCGCUGGCUCGCUGACCGCUGACCGUCGUAGGCUCGUCUUCCAAAUAAUGACGAGCUCUAGGUAUUGCAAGAUUUAUAAGUAAGAAUAAUUAUUUAUUUAUAGUAUAAAUAAAUAAUUAUUCUGAUAGUAAAGCACUUAUAACGCUUCACAAUGUCAUACAGAUGUUGAGAAUUAUUACGGUAACCUGACAUGGAUUAAGUAAUAGUAGGCCACAUUUUUAUUAAUUACGAAUUAAUACGAAUUAUUCAGAAUCUUACCGAGAAAAAUAUCCACCGCUGAAAAUGUGACCCACUAAAACCACUAAAAUGUAUAUACAAAAUAGGCCUGAAGUUCUGAUCUGGUGGUAGAUAGGUGUAUUAGUAGUGGCUAAUUAUUGAGACGACGAGACGUAUCCCCAAGCGAUUUAGCGGUGUUGUACGUUACCUACCUGUAGAUCUCUAUGUGGCAAAAAAAAGUUAGGUACAUCUUUGUUUAUUAUUAUCUAUAACGCCUACCUACAAAUAAUUGUUACAUGUUUAGCAGUACAGUGCUAAAAUACCUAUGAGCUUGUUUAAAUCAGAUUAUUUUUUAAAAGGUUUUAUAGUGCUUCAUUAAUAACAUGAAUUGGUUGCUCUCUAUAUAACCAGACGUAUAAACAUAUAAAAAAAUUGAUGUGUAUGUAGUUAUUUACACGAUACUACACCUAAGUCCUUUAGGCAUGGUAUGGAUUUUAUUUUGAUUAUUAGCUGACGCCGCGCGGUUUCACCCGCCUGGUUCCCGUUCCCGUAAGAAUACGGGGAUUAUAUAUAUGCCAUAACCUUCCUCGAUAAAUGGGCUAUCUAACACUGAAAGAAUUUUUCAAAUCGGACCAGUAAUUCUUAAAAUUAGCGCGAGUAUUCUUUGGACAGAAGCAUUGGUUGUGGACGAAUUCAUAUUGCAAUCUUUUUAUUUUUAAAUAAAAACUGAGAAGUUCAGAGAGGUUAAGAAUUAUGUGUUAAUUCAUCUUUCUAUUUUUAUUAUAUAAAUACACUUGCUAAGUACGUGUAAACGUAAUGUCAUUUUUCGGCCAUGUCCUUUUCUACAUGAUUGUGUGUCCUUUUAUUAUAAGAGGUCAAAGUGAUAUUUAAAAUAUUUUCGUAUCCAAGACCUCAAGUCUAAAUAGAUAUAAUUUUGACAAAACAUAUUAAUAUAUAUUUUAUUUCUAUGUGGAUUGUAUAUAAGUGUUCUUUUUAAAAUAAAA